CUGCUCCUGCCUGCGCUUUCCCUAUUCCUGGCUACCGGCCGGUUUUUUUUUUUUAAUUUAUUUUUUUUUUCCACCCCGGUGCCAUCUGCUGCUCCCGCCCUCCUGGCAGCUGCUGGGAUGUGAGCAGCCCCCCCCCACACACCCCUCAACCAAGUUCAGCACCCCCACAUUGCUGCUUAUCACCCACCCUAUCCCCCUGGUCCUCAUCCCCCCUUCCCCCAGGAGCUCCGGCCAUGGAGCUGCUUUCUACCCCGAAAAACAUCGAGAUCAACAACAUCACCUGCGAUUCCUUCCGCAUCUCCUGGGCCAUGGAAAAAGGGGACCUGGAGAGGGUCACCCACUACUUCAUCGACCUCAACAAGAAGGAAAACAAAAACUCCAACAAGUUCAAACAUCGGGACGUCCCCACCAAGCUGGUGGCCAAGGCGGUACCGCUGCCCAUGACGGUGCGGGGCCACUGGUUCCUCAGCCCACGCACGGAGUACAGCGUGGCCGUGCAGACCGCCGUCAAACAAAGCGACGGGGAGUACCUGGUGUCCGGCUGGAGUGAGACGGUGGAGUUCUGCACCGGGGACUACGCCAAGGAGCACCUGGCCCAGCUGCAGGAGAAAGCGGAGCUGAUCGCCGGCCGCAUGCUCCGCUUCUCCGUCUUUUAUCGCAACCAGCACAAGGAAUACUUCCAGCACGUCAGGAUGCACUGCGGGAACGUGAUGAAGCCUUCCCUGAAGGACAACAGCGGGAGCCACGGUUCUCCCACCAGCGGGAUGCUCCACGGCAUCUUCUUCAGCUGCAACACGGAAUUCAACACCGGGCAGCCCCCCCAGGACUCUCCUUACGGCCGGUACCGGUUCCAGAUCCCGGCUCAACGCCUCUUUAACCCCAACACCAACCUUUACUUCGCGGACUUUUACUGCAUGUACACCGCUUACCACUACGUGGUCCUGGUGCUGGCACCCAAAGGUUCCUCGGGGGAUCUUUUCUGCCGGGAGCGUUUACCCCAACUGGACAUUUCCUCCAACAAAUUCCUGACGUGCUGCGUGGAGGAAGGGGAGCUGGUUUAUCGCCAUGCCCAGGACAGCAUCCUGGAGGUUAUUUACACCGAGCCGGUGGACCUCAGCCUCGGAGUGCUGGGGGAAAUCAGCGGCCACCAGCUGAUGAGCCUCUCCACUGCCAACGCCAAAAAGGACCCCAGCUGCAAGACGUGCAACAUCAGUGUGGGGCGUUAAAAUGGGGAGGGGGAGAGGGCACGGACAGGGGGGGGCAAACACACUAAAGACACCAGGGAUGGGGGAGGGGGGGUUGGUGUAAAUAGCGGCGUUGCCCGUGCCCCCUGCCCACCACGGGGGGCUCGCCCAGCACGGAGGCAGCCCCCCCCCCCCACCUCCUCCCCAUCCUUCCCUGAGUGGGAGCCUUCAUCUCCCGGACUGCCUGACCAGCAUCAUCCUCACCAAUGGGGACCCCACGAGGCCCCCUGUGUUUCCAGCAUCUCCCCCAUUUCCUCCUCCAGGGAUUGCCCCCCCUCUCCCCAGCACCUGACUGGGGAUGGGGGUCUUCGGCCACCCCAGGGGGGGGCUUAGGGGAGAGGUUUGGAAGCAUCCCCCACUACCCCCCCGGUUUGGAACUGCUCCCAGGGACACUGGGGCAGGAAGCAUCCCCCCCACCCACCCACCCCCCAACCUCCCUCCGCCGGCGCUGCUCCGGGGCUGCAGUGUCCGCAGUGGUGUGGGGGGACACCCCAAGUGUCCCCCCCUGUGUCGUGCAGUGUUUGCUCUCUGCUCUAAGCCAUCGCUCUACUGCCCGGACCCCCCCCCCGGCCCCACCGCCUAGGAGGCAGCCAGAGGAGGCGGGGUAGGGGCGGGGAAACGGAGCUGAACACCCCCUCCCCUCCCCACAUACACACACGACCCCCCCUUCACCCUCCCAACCCCGCCGCCCCCCCGCAUGAGCCGUCAGCAGCAUGGCGCUUGCGUGCGGGCCCCCCCGGGCUGCCCGCCCCCCCUCUUUCCCGUCUCUGUGUACCCCCAUGCACGCUGUAACAGUAGACGAGAACCCCCCCACCCCCGACCUCCCACCCCCCCUCCCCUCUGCUGUGCUGGCAGUGUGACAAUAAACUGUGCGGUGGC